AUAAUGGGUCGAGGCAGUUCCGGGAAAACUAGCAUGCGGUCCAUAAUUUUUGACAACUAUGAACCCAUAGAUACCAGAAGAUUAUGUGCAACAAAUGAAAUUGAAACAACGCACUUUCCAUUUCUUGGACAUAUGCUGUUCAAUAUUAAGGAUUGCGGAGGACAAGACACAUUUUUCAACGAUUACUUAAGUCAUAAACGAAGGCAUCUAUUUCACAACAUUGAUGUCUUUGUGUAUUUGUUUGAAGCUAAAAAUGAAGACGAAGAAUUUGCAAAAGAUUUGAAGCAGUUCCAAUCACUCUUAAGCGCUAUUUGCAAAGGUUCUCCUUUAGUCAACGUGUUUUGUCUAAUACAUAAAAUGGAUUUGGUAAAACCUGACCAGAGAGAAAAGUUGUUUAAAGAUCGUGAAAAUGAACUAAUUAACAUUUCCAAGCCUGCAAAGAUUUCUUGCUAUAUGACAUCAAUUUGGGAUGAAUCACUAUACGGGGUAAUUAAUAAAUUUUAA